AUGGAGGCACGUUGGCCCCGACUGGUCGUAUUCGACUUGGACUACACGCUAUGGCCCCUGUGGGUCGACACGCACGUCGAUCCGCCCCUCAAGCGUACGCGGCACAUCAAUCAAGUGGUAGACAGGGGCGGACAGCCACUAUCGUUCUACGAUCCAGUUCCCGAGAUUUUGUUCCAACUUCGUCAGAACAACGUGAAGAUCGGCGCCGCGUCGCGCACACAGGCACCCAGCGUCGCUAAGCAGGCACUCGCGGGCUUGAUGAUCAUGCCACCGGCGUCGCAGGAGCCGCCCGUGUCCGCCCUGUCGCUCUUUGACUACAUGGAGAUUUACCCAGGCUCGAAAGUGGCGCAUUUCCGACGCCUAGCGCAACUUUCCGAGAUUCCAUUCCAUGAUAUGCUCUUUUUUGAUGAUGAGCACCGCAACGCGGAAGUCGAGUCGAAGCUGGGUGUCAAGUUUGUGCUCGUCGGCACACAGGGCCUCGACCGCGCCACCUUUGAUCGGGGCAUUCGCGCGUGGCGCGAACGCAGCGCCCCUUAG